GAUAAACACUUGACAGUUGGGAGAAUUGUCAAUUGUUUUGAUUGAACUUUGAAGCUCUUCAACCACACCCAUUUCGUGCAAUCAUCGCAAUAACCAGCCAUUGUUGACUCGUAUCCCAAAUCCUGCGCAGUGUAUGUUCUGCCUCGACUCGAUUUCGCCAAAGGAGGAGCAAGAUCUUGAUCACGUAUAAUCUCCACUCAUUCAAAAGCACCUCGAAAAGUAGCUAUCUCUCUCUCUCGAAAGCUUCGGCAUCCUCUCCAACUCUCUGCCUACAGCGAAAAUCCGAAAACCCUCCUCGGUCAAUCAUUUGCACUUAAAUCUACUUGGGAUAAAUAUUACAACAUCUGCCAGUAGUCUACCUCUGCUUCAAUACUUCUUACAAACCUCCGAAUCUGCUUCGCAGUCAACUUGCACAUCAACUUCACGUCCCCGCGCACGCGACUUUCAACGAUACACGAUACACGACACUCGUGAAUUUAUUCCUCGCAGCUCUACCCCGCUGUUUACCAUGGCGCCAAAACAUGGUUUGAAUGGCUCGAGUUCAUCUUCGAAUAAACGAGUGAAGACAGAGUCUUCAGAGCCGGGCUCUAUGUCUUCUCCUGCCGUUGUUCAAGAAGCGAUAUCCUUCGAGAUUAAGAUCCCGCAUAUGGACUUGAGCAAAAAAGCAAAGGAAUCGAAACAAAACGCGGAACUGAGAGAAUUGGCAGAGGAACAUAUAUCACCAUUUCAAGGCUUCAAUGCGCCGGAGGACGAACUUAAUUACCAUUACACUGUUAUGCCAAACGCGGAGUGGACAGCCAUGAGGAAGUAUAACAACUUUAUUAUCCAAGGCGAUACUUAUAAAAACAAUCAAUUCGUUUACGUGAAGGGCAAGACAGAAACAGGCACACAACCAAGGGACUUCUGGGUAGCAAGAAUAUUACAAGUUAGAGCUAAAGAUCCGCAACACGUCUACGCCUUGGUUGCCUGGAUGUAUUGGCCGGAAGAAUUACCAGCAACUGCCAAAGCUGCGGGCGAGACAUCCACAACUUCCGGGCGGAGGAAAUACCACGGCAAUUCGGAGCUCAUUGCGAGCAAUUAUCUGGAUGUUGUAGAUGUAUUGACCUUGGCAGGAAAGAUAGAUGUUGAGCGCUUUUCUGAGGACCUUGGUGACUAUGCAGUAUCUGACCCAGAUCCUAGCAAGUUUUACUGGCGCCAGACAUUCUGUCAAGCUACUCAAAGACUUUCAGACUUGCCCGUCUAUUGUAUUUGCAGUGGUCAUUACAACCCCGAUAAACGCGAGUAUGAGCAUAUUUGUGAUAAUGGAGAUUGCCAAACUCUGUAUCACUCGGGGUGUUUGGUAGAAGACGCCCUCCUUAAGCGAUAUUAUGAGGAGUAUCCUCAAAGUGAGGAGGCAAGCAACGGAACAAAAUCCAAAGAUAAGAAGAACAAGAAUGGGAAGUCGAAGCAAAAGAUAUACUCUAAAGAAUUUAAGGGAGAGUUCGCACAUGAUCAGGAUGAGCAGACUCCGCCAAUGAUCAAAAUUACGGAUAAGAGGUCAACUCCGCAUACGGUGACAUUGCAACGAGUUGCAUGUCCAAAGUGUUCGACUCUUUUCGAAUAAUCACUUGUUUUUCGAGUGUAUGCUUCUAUAUUAGUAGUAUCACAACUCAUUUCCAAUGCGAACUUUUACGAUUCACGGCCACUCAUACAACACAGUGUAGAUUGAUCUCUCAAGAUCAUACCUAUCGUGGAAGCAAUUUCGACUUGCAUCUGCGCCCCCCCUUUCACAAUCUAACACAUAUAUAUACAAUUUUCAUUGUAUUUGUACAUACUUCACACCAAUUUUCGUUCACAAAAUUUAAUUUCUAGUCAUAGUUGUGCGCACUCAUUGCAUAUAGAGCACACGAUCUAUGACUUGUUUUCUGGACACAUCAUUUUGUAUUACUGGAAAAAGCGAGCUAGGUGCUAGGUGAAUCAAAUAACGGCGUCUCUGGAGAUAGCGGAUUGGGAACAUACUUGUGGCUUCUAAUACCCAUGUUUAUUUUGGAUUGACCCUUGGGUGACUGAUGGUUCGAUUUUCUUUCGUUUUUGUGUUGCUUUUUAUUCGUUGGUAUUCAGUAAGCGAUUUUUUUCGGGUCUUAGCGGUUGAGAGUGCGCAAAUAACUUUUCCUAAGCGUUCGAAGGAGUAAGGAUGAGCUUAUUGGAUUGAGAAAUCUAGAGAUUUGAGAAAAGGGAAAGAGCCUAUAAGCAUAAUAAGUAGUGCUAGUAUGAUCAUGCACUUGAUCGGAGAAGCGUCCUAAUUAGUCUUGUAAAGGGGAAUCUCUAUGGAAGAUGAAUAAAUACCAUAAACUGCGGAGAGUAUAUAGUGGCUAAAGUAGUACCUUUACCAGAGAAUAGGGAAGGAAAUGAUCACUAGUACAAAAAUGAAGAGAAACUGUUCACAAUUUUAUAUCA